UAAAAUAUAUGUUUCAAAUACAACGGAACAGACGGACGCAGUGUUGGCAUACUCGGAUACUAGUAAAUAUCCACCAAAUCUUGAAGUUUCAAUGCACGCGACAGGACAAUUUGUCAAACUACAGAGACCUAAAAAUCGGGAUGCAACAGUAAUCUGUGAGCUCGAAAUAUACGGAGAAUGCUCGGUAGGAAAAUGCGGGUUUAACUGUUUAACAGAAUGUCAUUGCAAGACAAUUGAAGACAGAGUAACUGGAGUAUGUACUUCCGGUUGCGAAGGACGAUGGACCGGUCCAGGAUUAGAGUGUAUAAAUAAUUGUGACGAAACUCAUUGGGGAGAACAAUGCACACUCCAGUGUGGACGCUGCAAAGAUUUUCAGCCAUGUGAUGUACUAACCGGAUAUUGUAAAUCCGGAUGUCAAAAUGGUACCUUGGAUACGCAUUUGUGUGAUACUGAAUGUCCCAAUGGUACGUAUGGUGAGAACUGCACGCUCGAAUGCAGCGGCAACUGUAACCAUGGAGACGCGUGCAGGAAAACAGACGGACACUGCGAGAGAGGCUGUAGCCCUGGUUUUACAGACGACAAAUGUCACAGAAAGUGUCCUAGAGGCUAUUAUGGAUUCAACUGCUCGUCCACAUGUAGCGUUAAUUGUGCAAGCGUUUACUCAGACUGUCAUCAUAUUAAUGGAUCGUGUCUUGAUGGAUGCUUACCUGGCUGGGAAGGAUCGCCAUGUGAAAAAGAAUGUGAUGCUGGAUUUUGGGGUAUGAAUUGUGCGAAAAUGUGCGGACACUGUUUAUCUGGAACAUGUAAUGCUAGAAAUGGAGAAUGCAGUGGUGGCUGCGAAGCCGGGUUCAAGGACACGUUUAAAUGUGAUCAAGAAUGUGACAAAUUUUCAUAUGGUGAUAAAUGCAACAGCCUUUGUAGUCCGGAAUGCAAGGAUAUUUGUGACAGGGUUAACGGUACAUGCAGUAACUGCACUUCCGGUUGGAAAGGAAGCAAGUGUUUGCAAGAAUGUGACAGUGCCGAAUGGGGCGAAAAUUGUGAGAAUCAAUGCGGGCAUUGUUUAAAUGGGUCAUGUGAUUCAUCUGAUGGCACGUGCGAUGGAGGAUGUUCACAAGGGUAUAAAACAACAGACAGAUGCACAGAAAAAUGUGAGGACGGUUACCACGGUUAUAACUGCUCUGGCGUCUGUGGUAAUUGUAAGCCGGGAACCACAUGUGACAAAAUCACUGGAGUGUGCGAUGAAGGAUGUUCGGACAAGUACAUGGGUAGCAUAUGUGUUGAAGCAAUGAUACAAAAAAGUAAAGAUACAGAUAGCUUCCCCGUGGCGGGUGUUGUCGGCGGCUUAUUUGCUGCUGUUGUUGUCAUAGCAAUACUGGUGCUUGGUUGUUUGUUGUGGAGACGAAAGAAACGAAAAACGGACAUGCCACACAGUGAUGUUACAUUAGAUUCAUCCCCACUCGAUGACCUAAAGGGAGAGCGUGGCGGAGAUAAACAGAACAAUGUUUAUGGAAAUAAGGUUGAUAAACGGGACAAUGUCUAUGAAAAUUCGAUAGAUAAACAAAAUAACGUUUAUGAAAACUCAGCUAAUAUACAAGCAGAGUUGGCUUUGUCAAAAGCGUCUAAAAGCAACAGUUUAAAAGGUACGCUCUCCGUUCCGGCGGAAGAACAGCUGGAUGACGUGUAUUGCAAUGCGGGACCUGUUGGCACAAAAUUGUCGGAAACUUCAAUUCUGGUCGAAAAGCUUAAGACCUAUGUAGAUAAAAUAACACGGAACGACAACAAUCUCGAAAAAGAAUUUAAGAAACUACCCGUCGGGUUACAGCACCCUACCACAGUGGCAAAAAAUCCGGGAAAUGCUGGCAAAAACAGAUAUAAGGCCAUGUAUGCGUAUGAUCAUUGUAGAGUUAUACUAAAAUCGUUACCAGAUAAUCCAUACAGCAAUUACAUAAAUGCAGCCUUCAUCAGGGGUCACUUAAAGGAAAAUGCUUACAUAGCUGCCCAAGGACCAAUUGACUUUACUUUAGACGACUUUUGGAGAAUGAUUUGGGAAAAGGAUAUUCAAACUGUUGUUAUGGUCACAAACUUAGUCGAACUAGCUAAGAUGAAAUGCAUAAGAUAUUGGCCAGAUCUUGAUGAACGGUUGAUGUAUGGUUCGGUGAUAGUGCAAACAGAGUCUGAGGAUAUAUUUGCUGAAUUUACCAUACGGACAUUAACAGUUUUACAUGAGAAUUAUCCAGGGACUGUUAGAACUGUGACACAGUUUCAUUACACGGCAUGGCCAGAUAAAGAUGUUCCUCGCAGCACGACUAGUUUAUUACAUUUCUGGUAUCGUGUACGGAAACACGAUAAGGAAAAGGAACGCCCUUGGCUGGUCCAUUGCAGUGCCGGAGUUGGAAGAACAGGGACUUUCACCGCUCUUGACAUCUUAUAUGACCAAGGCAUGGACCAGGGUUAUGUAGAUAUUUUUGGAUGUGUCAGAGAUCUCCGAGAUCAAAGGAUCAGUAUGGUGCAAACAAAG